UAAUGGUGGCCUCUCAUCCGGACCUCGGAAAAGCUCACUUGCCCCGACGACGCCGCCGCCGCCGACGACGAAGGAGAAGGAAGAAGAAGAAGACGACGAUGGCACAGGCACUAGCGACGCCCGUGGCGCCAUCACUCUCUCUCAUCUGCAACCGCGGCGGAGGAGGUGGCUCCGCCUCACCCUUCUCCGCCCUCUCUUUCCCCGUCGCCGCCCCUCCCAAGCUCCAAGGCCUGAGCAUCCGAUGCGCUCGUGUCGGAGGUGUGGAAAUCCCGAACAACAAGCGAGUGGAGUACUCUCUCCAGUACAUCCAUGGAGUAGGCCGGACCCGAGCUCGCCAAAUACUCUGCGACCUCGCCAUGGAGAACAAGAUCACCAAGGAUUUAUCGGAGGAAGAGCUCACUACGCUCCGUGAUGAAGUUUCCAAGUACAUGAUCGAAGGCGAUUUGAGGCGGUUCAAUGCGCUCAACAUAAGGAGAUUGAAGGAAAUCCAGUGCUACAGAGGCACGAGGCACAUCCAGGGGCUGCCUUGCAGAGGACAGCGCACCAAGAACAAUUGCCGGACACUGAAGGGCAAGCGCGUCACUAUUGCAGGGAAGAAGAAAACGCCUCGUUAGGCAAAUUUAACUGGUUCGUUUAUCUGUGAUGAUCGCCGAAAUGAAAACUCGACUUAGAACUCCAUUCAUUGUUGUGCAGGAGAAGUAAACGUGUCUUUUUAUGCUAAUGAAAUUUACUUCAGCAGUGCCUGAGUUUAGUUGGUUUC